AUGCGGUCAGCCUCUCCCGCCUUCGGCGGCGAGGAAAGCGGCUCCGAAUCACUCAAGGCAAGCAUCGAAGCAGGCAAGCAUGUGGAGAGGAGCGUCGAAGAUGCUCCGCAGGUCGACCUCAACAUCUACUCUGAGAGCGUGGUCGAAGUGCCGCAGGGACGACAGAUCGGCGUUAUCUCGGCCAUGUUCCUUAUGAUUAACCGAAUCGUUGGCACGGGAGCCUUCGCAACGACCAGCACCAUUCUCGCGCAGUCUGGCAGCGUGGGAAUGUCCUUGGUAUAUUGGGUCGUUGGUGCGAUCAUUGCUGGUGCAGGUUUUGCAGUAUACGCCGAAUUCGCAACUGCAAUACCGC